AUCAUCGUAGCGCGGGUUUACUGCAGCAGGAUGAGCCGAGAUGGGGAGCAGAGGAUGAAGGACCGGCUCUGGGGCUCGGCCAGCUGCUUCUCUUCCAACCCGGAAUCUCCGCACAGCCUUCAGGGCAGAGGGAUGAGGGAGAAGGGUGGUAGCAGGGAUCUGGGGGGAGAGCCGGUAGGGGAGCCGAUAGGGAGCAGGUGUGAGAGUCAGGAAGUGCUGCAGGGAUUUAGAGAUGCGCAAGCAGAUAGUGGGGUGCAGGGAAAGAGUGGGGUGCAGGGAAAGACUGGGGUGCAGCAAGAGAGUGGGUUGCAGGGAAAGAGUGGGGUGCAGGAAGAGAGUGGGGUGAAGGGAAAGAGUGGGGUGCAGCAAGAGAGUGGGGUGCAGGGAAAGAGUGGGGUGAAGGGAAAGAGUGGGGUACAGCAAGAGAGUGGGGUGCAGGGAAAGAGUGGGGUGCAGGAAGAGAGUGGGCUGCUGAAAAAUAAAUGUUUGCAGGAACAGAGAGGGGUGCAGCAUGGUACUGGGGUACAAGAUGUUAGAGAGGUGCAGGGAGAUGGGGGAGAGCAGCAGGAAGAAGGGGUGUCUUGGAUGGUAAGAGAGGGAAAUGCACAGAGAUGUAGUGGGGAGCAGAUGGAGGCAGGUGUGCUGCUGGGAGGUGAUAGAGUUCAGAAUAGGUUUGGGGUGCGGGAAGGGAGAGAGGUACAGCGGACUAAUGAGGUACAAUUUGAUGUUGGGGUGCAGAAACAGGUAGAGAGUGUUAGACAUAGAGUUAGGGGGGAGGGAACUAGAAUGCAGGAAGAUGGGGUGCAGGAAGAAGUUUGGGGGCAGGGAGUUGGAGGGUUGCAGUGUAAUAGAGUGCAGGAAGAUGGGGUAGAGGAACAUUUUUGGGGGCAGAGAGCUAGAGGGCUGCAGUGUAAUAGAGUGCAGGAAGAUGGGGUAGAGGAAGAAGUUUGGGGGCAGGCAGCUGGAGGGUUGCAGUGUAAUAAGGUGCAGGAAGAUGGGGUGCAGGAAGAAGUUUGGGGGCAGGGAGCUGGAGGGCUGCAGUGUAGUGAGGUGCAGGAAGAAGUUUGGGGACAGGGAGUUGGAAGGCUGCAGUGUGAUGGGGUGCAGGAAGAUACAGAGGAGCAGGUCGCACAGAAACAAGUCAUGGUUAGACACCAACACAGAGAUGAUGAGAUUCCAGUAGAGGACACAGUGGGGCAGUGGGGGGCAACUAUGCACAUUACACAGGAGAGGGGAGCUGGGGUAGUACAUAGGCACAGUGUUGUACCAAGCAGCCAGCAGUAUGCACUGAUCCUCACCGCAGACAAUAUCACAGAGGUGGAGGAGUUGGAAGAUUCCAUAGAGGAGAUGCUGGUGAGGCUGGACGAGUUCUGCGCUAUGAUGGAUAUGAUUCGAAGUGAAACAUUCCAUAUCAUGGAAGACAAAAUCCCAGAGAUUAAGUGCAAAGCAGAAGAAAUGAACAGAAUAUACACGCGAGUUGAUAAAUUGGAGGCAUUUGUGAAGAUGGUCGGGCACCAUGUUUCCUUCAUGGAGGAAGAGUUAAUUCAAGCAGAGAACCGGUACCUACCUUUCCCACAAGUCCUUCACAGAAUUCUAAAAGCAACACCUACAUUUCUUUGGAAAACUGGGCCAAAAAAGCAGAGUAUUUAUGAACUUCCAAAGAUGUACAGGACAGAAGACUACUUUCCCACCACUUCCACCCAUCCUAAUAAACGGAUGUGAAUCGACAAUCCACCGGUCAAGAGGAGUCAAGGAUGUGAUGGACUGGAAAAUGUUUAAACAAAACAUGGAAAAACUUUAUUUUUUAAAAGUGAAAUAUUGCAACUGUGGGCAGAAUGAAAGUAUAAACAAGGAGUCAUGAACAGGGCCAUGUAUUAUGUUUUUUUGUGGUUUAAAUUAAACAAAUGCAGAGAAA